UUUUUGGUUGACUUGAAAUUGAAGCAACCAUUGUCCCACCCAAUCCAUGUACCAAACCCUCCAUUUCAGACCGUCUGAUACCUAACGUGUCCCAAUCGUACGGUGCUCAUUGCUCCAAUGCACAACCGUUUCGAUGCGGCGUCGUCUCCGUCCUCUUCAACCAGAAAUUACCAAACCCUAAUUCUCUGAAAUUCGAUUCCCCAUUUCUUCCCCCAAAUCCUCACUCUCUGCUGACCCAGAUCGAUUCCCCAUUUCCAUAAUCAAAUUCGCCUCCCAAUCAUGGAGAAGGAGGAGAACAAACCCGACAUUGAGAAUAAUGGCGGCGAAACCGAUGACACUGAACCCAUUGAGCUCGUUCUCUUUCAAGUGCCUGAGUGUUACGUCUACAUAAUACCUCCAAGAAAGAGUGCAGCUUCUUACAGGGCUGAUGAAUGGGAUGUCAAUAAAUGGGCAUGGGAAGGGAUAUUGAAAGUAGUUAGCAAGGGAGAAGAAUGCAUCAUAAAACUUGAAGAUAAGAACACAGGUGAGUUAUAUGCUCGGGCAUUUUUAAGGAAUGGAGAGCCGCAUCCUGUGGAAGCUGUUAUUGAUAGCAGCAGAUAUUUUGUUCUUCGCAUAGAAGAGAACAUAGGUGGUCGUCUUCGACACGCAUUUAUUGGCGUAGGAUUCCGAGAAAGAACAGAGGCUUAUGACUUCCAAGCUGCCUUGCAUGAUCAUAUGAAAUACCUGAACAAAAAGAAGACUGCAGAAGAGAUGGAACAGCAUUACCAGCAAUCUUCGUCAGUUGAUUACAGUUUGAAAGAAGGAGAGACUCUUGUGCUGCAACUUAAGAACAAUAGAAGUGGCCCCAAUGUGAAGUCCAAGUUUUUUGAGCAGGGUCUGAACAACUCCUCAGAAGAAAAGAGUGGAAAAGAAUCUGUACCCGCAAUUAAGUUACCCCCACCUCCUCCUGCAUCAGUUUUAACUGUUGCUGCCGUACAGAAUUCUCCAACAAACUCACCUACAGAAUUUAGCCCUGAGAAAACUUCAAAACUUGAGACCUCUAAAACGAUUCAAGAAGAUGCAGAAGGUGAAAAACCUCCUGAAAACCAAAGCACACAGGAUGUAGUAGAUGAUGAUUUUGGCGAUUUCCAAGCAGCUGGUUAGCCUAUCCAUUGGGCAGUUUGAAUUUGAAAUGAUUAGGAAACAUGCUCAAUUGUGGACUCCUUGUUCAGACUGCUGAUUCAGCUUGGAGAUUCAAUUAUGUCCUUCCAAAAUAGCCAACAAAAUAUCAUUAAGAUUUAAGAAUCUACCUCUUCUGCUUGUCAAUAGGUUGUUGUCUUAGUUGCACUGUGGGUAACUACUAUUGAGAGUUUUUCCUCCCUCCUUGAGUCUCUUUCUUUCAGUAUUAUGCUUUGUUUAUACUUCUCAGUGUUGGCAUACCUCAAUAGUCAAUAGUCAUUUGGUACAUUCUAAACAUGGGUUCAUAGCUUUGUUGAUAAUAUAAAUGUUGCUAUUAUCAAAGAACCAAAUUUAGCUUUUAUGGCCUUGUGUAUCCGUUCCCUUGCGUGGUUGAGGACCAUGAGUAGCAACAAGCAAGGACAAAGAAAAAUGAAAGACGUGUUUGACUUA